AUGCGGCGGAGCCGGGCGCCGCGCCUGGCGCUGGCCGCCGGCCUCGGCUCGCUCCUGCUCGUCCUCUUCUACUUCCAGAGCAGCCUCAGCCCAGCCUCUGAAGAUCUGAGAUCCACCUGGCAAGGCAAGGCUGGUCGCAGCCCACUCCAGGCCCUGUAUGAGAGUGACCAGUUUGAGCAGUCGUCCCUGCAGGCAGUUCACCAGCAGAGACGGGAGAUGUUGAGCAACAUCUGCAGCCGUUACACCCGCAAGCGGCGUCUCCUGCGGCCGGACGACCUGCGGCACUUGGUGGUGGACGACACCCACGGGCUGCUCUACUGCUACGUGCCCAAAGUGGCCUGCACCAACUGGAAGCGGGUGAUGAUGGUCCUGACGGGGCAAGGCAAGUACCGGGACCCUCUGGAGAUCCCCGCCCACGAGGCCCACGUGCCCUCCAACCUGCGCACCCUGUCCGAGUACAGCGUCGCCGAGAUCAACGCCCGCCUGCGCACCUACCUCAAGUUCGUCUUCGUGCGGGAGCCCUUGGAGCGCCUGGUCUCGGCCUACCGCAACAAGUUCACGCUCAGCUACAACACGGCCUUCCACAAGCGCUACGGCACCAAGAUCGUGCGGCGGCACCGGCCGCAGCCCAGCCAGCGCGCCCUGGAGCGCGGCGACGACGUGCGCUUCGAGGAGUUCGUCUACUACCUGCUGGACCCACGCACGCAGCAGGAGGAGCCCUUCAACGAGCACUGGGAGCGGGUGCACUCGCUCUGCCACCCCUGCAUCAUCCACUACGACGUGGUGGGCAAGUACGAGACCUUGGCCGAAGAUGCCAAGUACAUCCUGCAGCUGGUGGGGGCCGACGCCAGCGUCAAGUUCCCGGCCUCGUCCAAGACCACCAGGACGACGGACGACAUGACGGCCCAGUUCUUCCAGGACAUUAGCCCCUUCUACCAAAGGAGACUCUUUAAUUUAUACAAAAUGGACUACUUGCUGUUCAAUUACUCCAUCCCCUCGUACCUCCGCCUCCGGUGAGGCAGGGGCUGCGGGGAAACAGGUGAGGGAGAGCUGGAUAACUCUCACCUUGCCACAAUUCCUCUCCUUCUGCCUUGAGCUCGUCUCUUGGUUGACUUCUUCCCUGUGCCCAUUUGUUAGGGUCUGCUCCACCUCCUGAUGCCUUGUUUGUGCAUGUUCUGGAGGAAGAACACUUCUCAAUACACUGGGGCUGGAGCUUUUCCUUCCCUUUCCCUCACAGCCUUCAGUAUCUACAGGGAAUGGUGGUGGGACUGGACACUUCUUGCCUUGGUUGGGGACUUUCUUGUAACUAAGAAACUCCUCUGUAGAUCCAAAUCUUGGGAAGGCUCCUUUUUCGGGCAGGAUCCCUUCAAGUCUUUCUCCUCCUUACUGGGCUGUUUGGGGGCAGACAUGGAGUCUCAGGGGUCAGAGUGGAGUGUAUCAGAGACUUGCAUAGAACCAGAAAUAAAGCAAUAAUUUAA